AUGUACAUGCUAUUUGUCAGGAUAAGACCAGAGUUGCUACCCCCGUUAUGCAUCGAUGCGACAAGCCCCCUGUAUUGUGUGUUGGCCGAGUCCGCCGCAACAGCCUACAGGGCCGAGAGUGGACGGGUAAUCUUUGUUAGCUUCUGGAGCGGAGGUUAUUGGGACGAGGUUCUAACAACCGUGAGACAAGUUCGAGACGAAUAUCAUCCACUUGUCACAAUCCAAUUUGGCCACAACAACCAAAAGCCAGCUGCAAACAUUUCAUUAUCACAAUACACCAGGAAUCUUGAAAGAUUCGUGGCUGAGGCCUCUAAUGCUGGGGCUACACCGAUUCUCGUCACUCCACUAUUUCGGCGCAACUACGAUAACUCAACAGGGACACCGCGUAUCGUCAUGGGUCUCGUCAAUGAGACCUUGGCCACCAUCAUUGCCGCUCAUCGCUCAUAUACUGCCUAUAUUGACCUGAAUAAAGCUAGCACCUGGUAUCUCAAUGCAAUCGGGCCAGAAAAUGCUUUUACAUACAACCUCAACCCAGCGGAUUAUACCCAUUUGAACGUGCCGGGGAGCAUUUUGUUUAGGGGAAUUGUGGCCGAACUUAUUACGCAGAAACUUGAGACUCUGGAAAAGUCUGGAUAUCUGCGCGUGAAUGACAAACUAAAGAAGGAUGUUGAUUAUGGGAUCUAUUACUGGCCUUGA